AUGUCGCGCGGCGGAUUCUCCAGGGGCGGCGGCGGCGGCGGUGGCCGUGGCGGUGGUUUCUCCCGUGGCGGUGGCCGCGGUGGUGGUCGCGGUGGCUACGGCGGUGCUUCGUACGGUCCUCCCGACACUGUCCUUCCUAUCGGUGCUUUCCAGCACUCGUGCGAGGAGGAGAUGGUCUGCGCUCUCACCGAGCCUACCAAGGUCCCUUACUUCAACGCUCCCAUCUACCUGCAGAACAAGACCCAGAUCGGCAAGGUCGACGAGAUCCUUGGCCCUAUCAACGAGGUCUUCUUCACUGUCAAGAUGGAGCAGGGCAUGCUCGCCUCGUCGUUCAAGAAGGACGACAAGGUCUACAUUGGCGGCGACAAGCUUCUCCCAAUAGAGCGAUUCCUCCCCAAGCCCAAGACCCCCGGAGCUAAGCCCGAGAAGUCUGCUCGUGGAGGCGCUCGUGGUGGUGCUCGUGGCGGCCGUGGUGCUCCUCGCGGCGGCAGGGGUGGAUUCAGCUCGCGUGGAGGUGCUGGCGGCCGUGGAGGCUUCUCUGGUGGUCGCGGCGGCGGUUUCGGCGGCAGGGGCGGCGCUGGCGGUCGCGGCGGUUCGCGUGGAGGCUUCUCGAGCCGUGGCCGUGGUGGUUACUAG